UUUCGAGGGUGGAGAGUUUGCCCCGCCUCUCUGUGGUUUUAAGGCUCCAUCUCAAAUGGUCACUGCUCUUGAGCAGCAAGUUUGCGUGGAAGGAGAUGGCGUGAAUGAGUGUCUCACCAUGCGCGCAUAUGCAAGAUGAUCUUUGAUAACUGCGAUUCCCCCGAAACUUGGAACAAAUCUUCUCAAACGAUGUGGGAAUCGAAUAUUUCAAAGUCUGCACCAGAAAACGACUCCGCCAAAAGCGGCAACUGCGGAUCGGUCUCGGUUGCCUUCCCAAUUACAAUGAUGGUAACUGGAAUGGUUGGAAAUUCACUGGCGUUAAUACUGGUGUAUAUUUCCUAUAAGAAAAAGGAAAAUAAAAGAAAGAAAUCGUUUCUUCUCUGCAUAGGAUCGUUGGCGUUGACGGAUCUUUUCGGACAACUUCUCACAAGCCCGAUUGUGAUAUCCGUGUAUAGAGCAGAUUUGGAGUGGGAGCGCAUCGAUUCCACUGGAAGGCUGUGCGCUUUUUUUGGGGUGUGCAUGACAAUGUUUGGUCUGUGUUCACUUUUCUUGGCCAGUGCAAUGGCGAUUGAAAGGUCUUUAGCCAUAACAAAUCCACACUGGUACUCUAACCACAUGAAAACAAGUUUCACAAAGCUGGCGUUGGCUUCAAUCUGGUGUAUUGUGCUGCUUUUUUCACUGUUGCCCGUUGCAGGAGUCGGACAAUACACGUUACAGUGGCCCGGCACAUGGUGUUUUAUUAGCACUGGGGACAGGAACAUACGAGGAAAUAUGCUCUUUUCAACCACAUUUGCUGCUCUGGGGAUAUUUUCACUACUUGUGACUUUCUCCUGCAACGUUGUGACGAUCAGGGCGCUAGUAAUCCGUUGCCGAACUAAGCCAGGGUCGUCGCAGUCGUCCAAGCAAUGGGAGAGGCUAACCACGGAGACUGUCAUUCAGCUGAUGGGAAUCAUGUGCGUGUUGUUCACCUGCUGGUCCCCUUUACUGAUAAUGAUGCUGAAGAUGAUAUCUACGCAGACGUCCUCGCAUCACUGCAAGCCAGCAGCAGUCACGUUCUCGCCCAGCCGAGAUGUCCAGGUCGACUGCAACUUCUUUCUCACUGCCAUUCGCCUGGCGUCCUUGAACCAGAUCCUCGACCCUUGGGUCUAUUUGCUUCUGAGAGAGAUCCUGUUGAGGAAAUUUUGCCAGGUGGCGAACGCAGUCUCAAACUGCUCCCUAGAUGGACAGAAGGAGAUGCAUACGCUCAACAAGCAAACCACUCAUGCCAAUGCCCAGCCAAAACAAUGAGCUGUGGCAAGUACAUGGAUUAAUCUGACCAGCCUUUAUUAUUUAUUUAUUUUAUUUUUUUGUGUGAGGGUCAAGUUUAAUCUUCCACAAAGCCUUUUGUCCUAGUGACUAAAUAGGAACCAUUCAUUCACUCAAAGUUCAUUCAUUACUCACUUCUGUUGUAACUGUUAAAGAAGGCUCAAGAGGGAAAGAACUAUAUGUACUUGGAUUUUUUAUUAAACAUUUUGUCAGGA